CUUUAAAUGACUUAGCCAUGUAAGUGUGUCUGGCUGAAUAGAAAGAUGAAGCUCUAGAUCCUUGACUUCUCUGAGUAUAACCACAUUUGACGUGCUCCAAACGGGACUACCUGAGGAAAAACACAAAGAAAGGCAGUGAACAGACCUUCAAAAUGUUGGUGACAAUGCUAACAGCUAUGUAUAUGAUGGUGAGAGUGGCUGAACAGCUGGGUGUUCGGUGGGUACGUCAACAGCAACCUCUUCCGUAUGUGGUGUCUCAGCCGCUGCCAUGGCAGGUCCACUAUGUCUCCCACAGUCGGAAAGGAAGUCGUUCAGAGGAGUUUGAGGGCCAGAGAAGGAACAGCAUAGGAGUUUACAGAAAGAACUCUUCUUCCAGUAAUGGACACACCAAAACUUCUGCUGACAAGGCAGCGGCUACAAUUCAGAACCAGUACAGGAAGUACCAUCAAAAGAAGCAGAAAGACCACAAAUGAAAGCUAAACUGUUAGCUUUUGAGUGUCCAUUCCAUUCUGAUCAAACCCAGUAUUCUCGUCUCUGAACCCUAUAACCCCAACAACUGUCCACAUGCAAACCUGGCAUCCAUCAUUGCUAAAGGACAACACCUGUGAGCGGCACAGUCACAUGUUCUGAUUUACAGAUAGCUGACACCUGCAUGAAAACACAUGUUGACACAAUGACAAACAUUUCAGACCAUUUGCUGAUAACGGACGCCACAAACUUCAGACACAAAAACACUCAGAUCUGUAUGAUUAAUGAGGACGAUACAGUAUGUACACAAAACAUGCAGACUACAUACAAAAUAAAAUAUAGCAAAAUAUAUACACAUUUUAUUUUCUCAAUGCCUCAAUUUCGCAAUGAGUUUUUGUCAGAUCUAACAUAAUUCCGAGGACAACUGUGUCCUCAAAAUAUAGUAUAUUUCUUUUAGAUUAAUCCAAAUUGUGUAACAAUAUAUAUACUCUUAUUGUAACAUUUACAUACUACUGUGGGUAUGUGCCUAGGUGAGGAAGUGCAAUGUGAAAAAUACAUAUGUCAUUUGAAAGCCUGCAGAGAGCAGUGUGUAUUUUUCAACUGAUAAUGUAUGAGUGAUUUUUAUACACUCACUGCCAUGGCAACGUACAAUCACAUUCAAUAAAGAUUUUAUUUAAGUCCCAUGUU